UCACGUGUUGUGAAACCGCAGCCACGUCCAAUACGAUCAAUCCAACUGCUCUCAUGCUGAUAAGAGCCUGCAUUUGUCCCUUAUACACUGGUCCUCAACUGCAGCAUUCGAUCUUUGGGAAGUUAAUUUUACCCAGCUAGCAGCAGAAUUUCUCCGGUUCCGAGAAUAGUCGACGGAAUAAGUAAAAACAAGAUGUCUGAUUCAAAACCAUUCCGGGUCAUCAUGUGGUGUGUACCACGUUCGAUAUCGACUGCCAUCGCUAAGUGUUUCAGUUUUAUUGAUAACACGGAGGUAUAUUUCGAGCCGUACUGCCUGGCCUUCUUUCAAGACUUUACUCUGAAAAUGAUGGGCAUGCCUCUACCAAAGAGCUCUAGUGACUUUCAACCGGAAGCGGCGUUGGCUAGGAUAGGAGCGAUGGUCAAAGGAACUCCAAUGGAGGCAAUGUUCAUGCCAGAAAAGAUCAAUAUGUCACUAUUCAUUCGCGAUGGUGUAAGGCAAAAGCUUGAUGAUCAACCGGCCGACAAACCCACAUUCAUCAAGGACAUGGCGUAUGGCAUCACAGGGUACCUAGAUCUCUUACCCAAGAAAGAAGCAGGUUACAAACACACGUUUCUGAUCCGUGAUCCUGAGCGGAUGUUCCCUUCCUGGAGAACCCUUCUGAUGGCUCAGGUCGCCCAGAUGCCACAACCUGGACAGAAACCCAUCGAUCCUGCCACCUUCGACAUGACCACAGAUGUGCCGUUUAUGAUGCCAGGCUACACCUACAAAUGCCAGUAUGACCUCUGGAAGCAUGUCAAGGAGAACUUUGAUCCUAACCCUGUGGUAAUUGAUGUCGACGAAUUGUUAGCCAAUCCUGCAGAGAUGCUUCCGAAGUACUUCGAAGCUUGCGGAAUGCCCUGGGAUGCUAAGUAUCUGCAGUGGGAUGCUAGUCCAGAGAUCGUGAAGUCGUGGCAGUGUCUGUUCCCCAUGACAGGGACCAGAGCGGAUGAUAUAGUUGGCGUCACCCACGUGAAGGCCCUCCAGAGUUCCGAGUUUCGAGCAUCCAAGCCAAAGAUUCCGCGAUCAGAGAUGACCCCCGACACAAUCAAGGCUAUAGAUGCAACAGCAGACUACUACAAGGAAAUGGCUGAAGCACGGAUCAAAUUAUAAAUGAGUGAAGAUAUAGAGGAAAUAUAAUUUUAUCCUAAUUAUGGUACUUUGACAAUGAAGUUGAACUUUUUUAAUUCCCAAUUUAAAUAUUGGGAUCUUCAUUGAUAAAUCUUAGACCGAUUCCAAACAGAACAAUAAUUAUACUUGUUACCACAAAAUCUAAAAGUAGAUUCAUGCUAACACCAUUUCUGCCCAUUUUAUUGCUAAAAGAUUGAAAUUUGCAACUUUUUUUAUGGCAGGAU